CUGGUCAUGGAUCAUGAAGUGUGAUGUUCCUGCUGGUGGCCACGGGGGCGCCGAGCCGCCGGCUACUGUCUUUGGCAAGAUGAGCAGCAGUGGAAUCAAGGAUGUCCUGGAGAGCAACCAUGCUCUGUUGGUGGAAUCUCUCAGUCAACAUGCGAACAGUGUGAUCGAAAAGGCCAAGACCAUCUUGAACAUGGAGGAGCAAGAGUUUGUUGACAGCCGAGGAACCGAUGAGGAUAAAAUUUCAACGUUGCUGAAGAGACUGGCUACGAAAGACAAUGACACCUGCAAGAAUUUCAUUGAAAUGCUGAUUAUCACGAUGCCCUGUAACUCGUUCCCCAUGUGUCUGGAGAACUCACUAAUGGCAUCUGGAGAAGACACCACUCACGAUUUGUACCACCUGGAACAGACAGAUACCAGUCCUGAUUUUACACAGCACUCUGAAGUAAAAUCAGGUGCAAAAGGUAUUGUUGGAAAUCCAAGAAAAGUCACUUUGCGUAAAGGAAGGAAACGAUCUCCAGGACGAGUCGAGAGCCCGCAUCGUGUUGUAGUGAAAAAGAGAAAAGCUGGUAAACAUAAGAAAGUAACAGCAUUGACUACAACCAAGUCGACCCAAACCGUGUUAACUCCAGACCCUGAAGAAAUGGACCAAACUCUGCAUCAAUCAGGAGAUGAAUAUUUGAACUUGCCAGCAAUUUCAGAUUCUGCAGAGGACUACAGAGCAUUUAUGAUACAGACCAUCUCCCAGAAAUACGUAGCCAGUGCCUCAAAGGAAGAGAAAAUGAAACAAGUAACCGUUGCCCAGACGUUACGGAGUUUAAGCAUGAACAAACUCAAGGAGAGAAUCGACGCCAGCCGGGACGAUGUGCUUAGUUCACCUGGGGUUGAGGAGAAUGAAUACAUCCUUGCAAACCUAGCAGAGUUUCUCAACAAAAAUCGCAUUACAACUUGCAAGAUCAAUAUCCUACUUGGAAAAGCGGGAACUGGGAAGACCAAGUUGGUACACAAAAUUUGUUAUGAGUGGACUAAAGGAGCUGUCAGCCAGUUCCAGUAUGUAUUCUUGUUUGAGUUUCGUCAACUGAACUUAAUCAAUAAGAACAUUGACCUGAAGACCAUGUUAUUCGACUUGUUUCUCAAACCAGAAAGGAACGCCCAUGCUGUGUUUAGAUAUAUAGUAGGAAACCCACAGCAGGUUUUAAUUAUUUUCGAUGGAUUUGAUGAGUUUGCGUGGAAAUCUUCUGUCUGCACCUCCGCUGUUUCUAGCGAUCCCAAUGCACUACUGUCAGUGGGACAAUUAUUUUCCAGCUUGUUUAAUGGGACGAUGCUCCCUGGAUGUACAGUUCUGAUCACUUCCAGGCCCAAAGACAUCCUCUGCUUGCCUUUGGAUGCUGUGGGUUAUGUGGGGGAAGUCUCGGGGUUUAACCAAUAUAAGAUUGAAGAAUAUGCCAGCCAUUUCUUUGAAAGCACUGAGCACCGUUGUAAGGCCAUAUCACACUUGGAAAAGAAUAGGAACAUUUUAAACAUGUGCUACAUCCCUGUCUUAUGCUGGGUUGUCUUCCUGAGUCUUGAACACUUGUUAUCUCAAAGUCACUUGGAACCCAAGCUACCUCAUACAAUGACUCAAUACUACAUCAAGAUGCUCACAGUAUUUUUAAGCAAAGGUGCCAAGGUUACAGAGGCCCCGGGCCACGUUGAAAACUUGCUGCUCAACAAAUACAGGGAUGAGAUUCAUGGUUUGUGCAACCUUGCUGUAAAGGGACUCCGGGAGAGUAAAUAUUUAUUUUAUUUAAAAGAUCUACUUUCUGAAAAGGUCUCCAAGUUUGCUUCCUCAUUUGGAUUUCUUUCCACUUUCGAAGUGAAAACUAUUGACCAUAACCAAGAGAUUGGAUACGCCUUCGUCCACCUGACACUUCAGGAGUUCCUCGCUGCACUUCACCAUCUCAUCGACAGCCAGACCACGCACCAAAUGUUGAAAAGCAGGCUUUUCCUCAAAUCAAAAUGGGCUUGGAAGAUCGACGUGAAGCACGAGUUUACGGAUGCGGUCCACGUGUUCCUGUCUGGCUUGGCGUCGAAUGGGUGCGAGCAGUUCCUCAGCGUCCUGGCAAACAAGAAUGAAACGUGGGUACAAGAAAAGCAGAAGGCUAUCUUGCUGAACCUGCGCAAGUUGGCCACCACCAACCUAACGGGGCCAAAAAUCAUUGAGCUGUGCCACUGUGUGUACGAGACACAGGACCAUGAGCUGGCACGUGACAUUGCCGCGCAGUUACGGUACAAGUUCGAGCUGCGCAACUUCAGGCUCACGGCAGUGGACAUGACUGCCCUAACUUUCAUUAUAGAUAGCGGAACCAGCUCCGCCUCUGUGGAUAUUGGAGGCUGUGCCCUGGAUCUAGAAUGUGUCUCUGUCUUGGGCACUUGCAAGAACUUAGAAAUAUUAGUGUUCAAAUGCAGAAAAUAUGGGGACAAAUUUGCUCAAACUUUAUCUGAAGUUAUUCCCCAAAUCAGCGGCUUGAAGAAGCUAAUCCUUACAUCUUGCAACAUUGGCGUGAAGGGAGCGAGCCUCUUGUCUUCUGCACUACGGUUCUGCCAGCAGUUGGAAGAAAUAAAGCGAGUAUCUCAAAUACAACAAGUUAUUCAACUUUAGUCUGCUUGGCACCAUUGUGCUCACC